UUUUGUUACCGGCGGUAUUUCUUGUCAGCUCCAUCGGUGGCGGGCGAGUUUGCGAGGGUUUUUUUGGUGCCGUUUUCGCAGGUUUGCCGGCCAUUUCAGUAAUGGUGGUUUCGGAAAACAUGACGUAUAUAAAGCGGGAAAAUCUGACUGUUGGAAUUGUUUCAAUCUUGCGGCCUUCUAACACACUUGAGACCGUUGACGCUCAAAAUCAGGUCAUGAACUUCAAACAAACAGGCGCUGCCUUUAAGUAGAUUGUGAAUGCCCAUAGUAGUAUAUAGUUGAUUCUUACCGCAGAUAUAUACAAUCCUGUAAACAUUGUUACAGGAUGUUGAUAAUUGUGGGGGUUUGUGGAUUGAUAUCAAUUGCAGUGUUAAGUUAUAUUGCAAUAAUGGUAAUGGUGGGCAGAAUGAGGAGGAAAAGAGCAGUUGGGUUCUUUCAUCCCUACACAAACGACGGUGGUGGAGGUGAAAAGGUAUUGUGGUGUGCAGUGAAGGCCAUUCAGGAAGAAGCCCCUCAUCUGACAUGUUUUAUUUACACAGGCGAUGAAGCUUCUCCUCAGAGUCUUCAAGCUCGAGCUCUAGAUCGCUUCGGUGUAACUCUUCUUUUUCCUCCCCAGGUGAUACGCCUGUACAAGAGGAAAUGGAUAGAGGCAGCCACAUACCCCCAUUUCACACUCAUUGGACAGAGUCUUGGCUCAGUGUUACUUGCAUGGGAAGCUCUUAACAAGUUUAUGCCCAUUCUUUAUUUUGAUACUAGCGGCUAUGCUUUUACAUAUCCUCUUGCACGUUUAUUUGGCUGUAAGGUUGCUUGUUACACACAUUAUCCAACAAUCAGUUCAGAUAUGCUUUCUCGUGUUCUGAGCCGCAAUUCAAUGUAUAACAAUAACAAUGUUAUUGCAAAAAGCUAUUGGCUAUCGGCAGUUAAGGCAGUAUACUACAAGCUAAUGACUUGGAUGUAUGGAUGGGUGGGUUUAUAUUCAAACUUGGUGAUGGUAAACUCAUCAUGGACACAAUCUCAUAUUGAAUUGUUAUGGAAGAUACCUCAACGAAUUAGAAGAGUCUACCCUCCCUGCAAUACUGAGUCCCUUCAGGAACUUCCUUUAGAGAGACCAGAAAAUAGUUGUAAUUUCAUAUCAGUUGCUCAAUUUCGACCAGAGAAGGCCCAUGGUAUUCAACUGGAGUCAUUUGCUAUUGCUGUGAGAAGAGUAAAAUUAGAAGCACCGGAUCAACCAGAUGUUCAAAUUAUACCAAGGCUUCAAUUAGUUGGAAGCUGCCGAAAUAAGGAAGAUCAAAAUAGGUUGCUGGGGUUAAAGAUGAAAUGUGUUGAGUUGGGAAUAAGUAAACAUGUUGAUUUCUUUGAGAAUGCGAGCUACAAAAAUCUGGUGGAUCUCCUUGGGAUGGCCAUCUCUGGGCUUCAUUCAAUGACAGAUGAACAUUUUGGCAUAAGUGUUGUAGAGUACAUGGCAGCUGGUGCGGUUCCAAUUGCUCAUAACUCUGCAGGACCAAAGAUGGACAUUGUUUUAGAUGAAGAUGGGCAAAAGACUGGGUUUUUAGCCACUAGUGUAGAUGAAUUUGCCGAUGCAAUAUAUGCUCUUAUGAGAAUGCCAGAGAAAGAGCGCUUAAAAAUUGCUGCAGCUGCCAGAAGACGUGCAUCUAGAUUUUCCGAAGAGAGAUUUUAUCAUGAUUUUAAGGCUGCAAUGCAUUCGUUGUUGAGUGAAUUAUGAGACAGGAUUGGUUUCUCAAGAAAUAAGCAUCGAAUAUAUAGUCUCCUAUAGAGGGAAUUCAGUUGUGUAUCAAGAAGCUUGAAGGUUAUAUGUAAUGAUGUUACAUAGGUUAUAUGUAACAGCGUUGACUGCAAGACAACGCUGUUUGUAGGACUAUUCUGAAACUGACCCAAAGUUGGCCCUGUUUCCCAACUUCGUUUGUAUAUCAUGAAGGGUAAGUUCACUGCAUCUUCUUAUUUAGUUUUUGAUUUUUCUGUA